CCGAGAAACGGUCCGAUCCCGAACAGUUAUUCCGUGCUCGUCCCGUUCCGCGAAAGCGUCCUUCUCCUUCACCCGCGCCGGUUCGAGACAUCCGGGGAUUUCGGAGGCAACGAGCGACGGUACGGUGGUGACAGUGACAGCCGGUGGUGGCGGUAGUGACGGAGACGGUGGUGGUGGUCAGAGUAGUGGUAAUAAUAGUAGUAGUAGUAGGAGCAACAGCAGAGCAGCGGACAGCAGCCGACGAUCCGGACGAGUCGCGUAUAGAUCCGUCGUCGAUCGGACAUAUACCAUCCGUCGCGGUGGUUCAUUAUCGUCUUCGUGUCCUCGCACAGUGCGUGUGCGACAGCAGCGUCUCGCAGUCACGUAGAAUACGACGGGACGACGUACAGAAGAGGUGCUUGAAGAGAAGACGGGCGAGAGGUCGCAUCAUCUCUCUGCGAUCGGUCGUCGAUCGGCGAUCGCGAGCGACGCGGCGGGUGUGUGUGUGUGUGUGUGCUUGUGCACGGCGAGGACGCUUCAGACGUGGCCGGGAGGAGCGGAGAGAGCGCGAGAGGACGAGUAGGAAGAGGUUCGCCGGCCGAGUAAAUGUGUCAGCAUGGAGAGUCAAAGGAUGGACCAGUUCUGCGGCACUCCUGGGGGAUUCUGGAAUGCUAGUUUAACGUGGAACACAACCAAUCCAGAUCUAACAGAAUGCUUCGAAAAAACAAUAUUAGUAUGGGUGCCAUGCGCAUUUCUAUGGGUAUUCUCGUCAAUGGAGGUGUACUACAUUUUACAUAGCAAAAGAAGAAACGUUCCAUACACAUGGUUAUUUAUUACUAAGCAAGUACUUACGAUAGCAUUGAUUCUACUUUCCAUAGUCGAUUUAGGAAUGGCAAUACAUGAAAGUAGUUCUUCUGAGGUCUCCAGUGUUGAAUAUUACACACCGUUUAUAAAAAUAAUAACCUUUAUUUUAGCAUCUGUUUUGAUGAUAUAUAACAGAAAGUAUGGAAUGCGGACAUCAGGUCUUUUAUUCUUGUUUUGGUUUUUCCUUGCGUUAUGCGGAUGCAUCCAAUUUAGGACUUUUAUAAAUAAAUUAAUUAAUGGGGCGGAGAAAUCAUAUCCAAUAGUGUCCUACAUGAUCUACUAUCCAAUGAUAUUGAUACUUUUUGUACUUAAUUUCUUCGUCGAUGCAGAGCCUAAAUUUUCCGAAUAUCCUACGGUUGAGUCUCCAUGUCCGGAGCAAGGCGCUUCUUAUCCAUCGAGAAUUCUUUUUGCAUGGUUCGACGCCUUGGCAUGGAAAGGCUUCCGAAAACCUCUCGAAACGUCUGAUUUGUGGUCGAUGAAUCCAGAAGAUAUGGCUAUGGAGAUUGUACCGAAAUUCGACAAAUAUUGGAACAAGAACUUAAGAAAGACAGACGAAGUAGAAAGCGCAAAAGCGUCAUUCCGGAAGGCAUCUGGACAAGUGGAUUUUAAUAGUGGUCGAAAAAAGAAAGUCGCCUCCAUUCUGCCACCUAUUUGCAAAGCCUUCGGAGCAACGUUCUUGUUUGGUGCAUUUUUGAAACUGAUUCAAGACAUUAUGACCUUCAUUAGUCCGCAACUGUUGAAAGUUCUCAUUGCUUUCGUCAAAGAUGACAAGGAGCCAAUGUGGAAAGGAUAUUUUUACGCCGUAUUACUUCUGCUCACAGCAACGGUACAAACACUAGUGUUAUCACAAUACUUCCAUCGUAUGUUCAUAGUCGGAUUGCGUAUUCGUACCGCAUUGAUCGCGGCGAUUUAUCGCAAAGCGCUGAGAAUGUCCAACGCAGCCAGAAAAGAAUCUACUCUCGGCGAAAUAGUGAACUUGAUGUCCGUGGAUGCUCAGAGAUUCAUGGAUCUCACCGCGUACAUAAACAUGAUUUGGUCGGCCCCAUUACAAAUAGUUCUAGCUUUGUAUUUCCUGUGGGAGAUAUUAGGACCGGCGGUGUUGGCCGGUUUAGCGGUCAUGAUCAUCCUCAUCCCCGUGAACGCAUUCAUCGCAAACAAAGUGAAGACUUUGCAAAUCAAACAGAUGAAGAACAAAGACGAGAGGGUGAAAUUAAUGAACGAGGUACUUAAUGGUAUCAAGGUAUUGAAGCUUUACGCUUGGGAACCUUCGUUUGAGCAGCAGAUACUUAAAAUCAGAACCAAAGAGAUACAAGUAUUGAAAGAGGCGGCGUACUUAAAUGCUGGUACGAGCUUCAUAUGGUCCUGUGCACCUUUCUUGGUAUCACUGGUGUCUUUUGCCACUUAUGUACUCAUAGACGAGAAAAACGUCCUGAACAGUACAACUGCCUUCGUUUCGUUAAGUUUAUUCAAUGUCUUAAGAUUUCCACUCUCUAUGCUGCCUAUGAUGAUUAGUAACAUAGUUCAAGCUUAUGUUUCCGUAAAACGUAUCAACAAAUUCAUGAACAUGGACGAUCUGGACCCUAAUAAUGUACAACAUGAUCCAUCGGAAUCACACGCCUUAUUAAUCGAGAAUGGUAACUUCGCUUGGGACAUGGAACGUGUCGACAGACCAAUAUUGCAAAAUAUUAAUAUGCGCGUAGAACAAGGUCAAUUAAUAGCAGUAGUUGGUACAGUGGGAUCAGGCAAAAGUUCACUUUUAUCUGCUUUUCUCGGUGAGAUGGAUAAAUUGAGCGGGAAAGUGAACACAAAAGGAUCGAUAGCAUACGUCUCGCAGCAGCCGUGGAUACAAAACGCCACGUUACAGGACAACGUCCUGUUUGGAAAAGCCUUAAACAAAUCGGUGUACAGUCGCGUAGUAGAUGCGUGCGCAUUGACCCCGGAUCUCAAAAUAUUACCCGCGGGAGAUCAGACCGAGAUCGGAGAGAAGGGAAUCAAUUUGUCCGGCGGCCAGAAGCAGAGAGUGGCGUUAGCCAGAGCUGUAUAUAAUGAUUCCGAUAAUUAUUUCUUAGACGAUCCUCUGAGCGCGGUGGAUUCGCACGUGGGGAAACACAUAUUCGAAAAUGUGAUAGGUCCAAGCGGUUUGCUUAAGAAGAAGACGAGAGUGCUCGUUACACACGGCAUCACGUAUCUACCGGAAGUCGAUAACAUUAUAGUUCUCAAGGACGGCGAAAUUACGGAGAGCGGAACUUACAAGCAACUGUUGGAAAAAAGAGGUGCCUUCGCUGAGUUUUUGGUACAACAUUUACAAGAAGUGCACGUUGACGACAGUUCCGAAGCAGAUUUGCGUGAAAUUAAACAGCAACUUGAAUCGACAAUGGGAGCGGACGAGUUACAGCAAAAGUUAACUCAAGCACGAUCUAGAAAGUCGGAGAGUUUAAGUGAAUCCGGUUCCAUAACUGACCGGAGAUCGCUUAAUGGUUCACUGAAAAGGCAAUAUUCUACGGAGAGUCAACAGUCCGCGAAUUUUAUACAUAGUAAUAGUAUAAAGGAGAAGGAAGCAACGAAAAUCAACAAUACCGGGGAGAAAUUGAUAGAAGUUGAGAAAGCCGAAACCGGAAGUGUAAAAUGGAAAGUGUAUUCUCACUAUUUGGUGUCGAUCGGAUUGUUCUUGUCGGUAGCGACGAUCGUGAUGAACGCUAUCUUCCAAGCGUUCAGCAUUGGCUCGAACAUGUGGCUUAGUGUUUGGUCAGACGACAAUAUGACUGAUUCCAAUACGAACACGAUUGACAAGAGCAGACAAGAUAUGUAUUUGGGAGUGUACGGUGCACUCGGCAUCGGUCAAGCUACUUUUGUAAUGCUGGCACAGUUAACGCUGGUCGUGGGCUGUCUGCGGAGCAGUAAAAUGCUGCACUCCGAAUUAUUAUUCGGCAUGCUGCGAUCGCCGUUAGGAUUCUUUGACAUCACACCGUCCGGCAGAAUAUUAAACCGUUUUGGGAAGGACGUUGACAUAAUAGACAACAUUUUACCUCCAUGUAUUAGGGCGUGGUUGUUUUGCCUAGUAUCGGUUAUAGCUACUCUUGUUGUAAUAAGCUACAGUACACCUAUAUUUAUCGCAGUGAUAUUGCCAAUAGGCGCGCUUUAUUAUUUCAUUCAACGUUUUUACGUUGCAACAUCGCGCCAAUUGAAAAGACUAGAGUCCGUAUCAAGGUCUCCUAUAUAUUCGCAUUUUAGUGAAUCAGUGACCGGUGCACCGAUAAUUCGAGCGUACGGUGUACAGGAACAGUUUAUCCACGAAUCUGAAAGUAGAGUAGACAUUAAUCAAGUGUGUUACUAUCCUAGCAUUAUUGCAAACAGAUGGCUGGCCGUGAGACUGGAAAUGGUUGGAAACUUAAUAAUAUUCUUCGCGGCGUUGUUCGCCGUUUUAGGUAGAAAUUCGCCGGACAUGAGUGCAGGAAUCGUUGGCCUCUCAGUUAGCUAUGCCUUACAAAUCACCCAGACUUUGAACUGGCUGGUGCGAAUGACAUCCGACGUGGAGACCAAUAUCGUCGCGGUGGAGAGAAUAAAAGAAUACGGAGAAACUACGCAGGAAGCAGCGUGGAAAAAUGCUGAGUACACUCCUCCCACAGAGUGGCCCAACAGCGGACGCGUCGAUUUCAAGGACUUUAAGGUCCGCUACCGGGAAGGGCUGGAUCUUGUGUUGCACGGCAUAUCGUUCAGCGUCCUCGGUGGCGAGAAAAUCGGUAUAGUCGGCAGAACAGGCGCCGGCAAGUCGUCAUUGACGCUAGCACUCUUCAGGAUAAUUGAGGCCGCCGGCGGCGAGAUCCUCAUCGACAACAUCAACAUUGCCAAGCUGGGUCUUCAUGAUCUGCGCUCCAGAUUGACCAUUAUACCGCAGGACCCUGUGCUCUUCUCCGGAACGCUGCGAAUGAAUCUGGACCCAUUCGAUGAUCAUUCCGACGAUGAAAUCUGGAGGGCGUUGGAGCACGCGCAUCUGAAGUCGUUUGUGAAGAAUCUGCCAAGUGGUCUUCUGCACGAGGUGUCCGAGGGUGGAGAGAACUUGAGCGUAGGCCAACGACAAUUGGUCUGCUUGGGGAGAGCGUUGCUGAGAAAAACGAAGGUUCUGAUAUUGGACGAAGCCACGGCCGCGGUCGAUCUGGAAACGGACGAUUUGAUCCAAACCACCAUCCGCCACGAAUUCAAGGAUUGUACAGUACUCACGAUAGCCCAUAGACUCAACACUAUUUUAGAUUCGGACAAGGUGAUCGUGUUGGAUAAAGGUUUAAUUGUUGAAUAUGAUUCCCCGGAUACGCUACUUCGCAAUCCAACUAGCUUUUUCUACAGUAUGGCUAAAGACGCAGGUCUAGCUGCUUAAGCAGGAGCAAUAUAUUGUAAGAUCCGUUUUUCCAAUGGCUACAUCACCCGAGCGAGCCAACGUCAAAAGAAACAACAAAAAAAAAACAUGCAGAAAGCCAUAGAACAAACGAUGUAGCGUAAUGACCUAGAUUAAUUUGUAUAGUCAAAUCUUUCUAUGCAAAGAAAAAAAAAACAAUCGAACAUUCGAUAAUGGACGAUGCAAGAAAUGCCGAUUCGCCGCCGGGAAAUUUUACUGGACGGGAGGAAUCGCCUUGCCAAGUUGUACCGUCGAUUAUCGAAUCUUCCAUAUAUAGGGCGUCUCAUAAUGAUAGCCUAAGAAGUACGUAACGGUAUUCUCGUGCCGAAAAACUCGGAUAGCGCGCCAUUUUUUAGUUACUCGUCUUUCAGCGAGUGGGAUUUAACCCCACUAAUUAAAGUGGGUGUGUGAAACGUGCUGCAACUGUUUCUCAUCAAACGAAUCCCCUUCGAUGAGCAAUCGGAUGGCCCAGAAACGGCGCGCUAUCUAAACGUUCGCAAGGGAAAAGUGUGCGUGCGUGCGCGCACACAUACACACAUUUAUAGUAGAUUAAGUUUUGUAGCGAGGUCUUUCGUGAGAAAUGAGGAGUGCACGAUAUAGUUCAUUUUUGAAACAAUGUCAAUAUCCCCGUACGUACGUCUACAUACUUGUUUUAAUCGGACAUUGGUCGGAUAGGUAUUACGAUAACGUGAUAUCGCGCUGCGCAUCCUAUAACGGUAUUCUGUAUCUUGUAGGACUGUCGACAAAAAAAACGUGCAAUCAGUAAAAGUGUUUCCACCCGUUCGAAUUAUAAAAGAAAGUAAAAAGCAAGAUAUAUUGUACAGAUGAUUAACAGAAAUCAAUUGCGACAUAUUCGUUAAUAUUUUCAUUAACUAAGAGAAACAAAAGGAGAAAGGAAGAACGUUGAGUGGAAUAACAGUGCAGUAGCGAGUUCGUAUGAUACUCUAUGCAUUAAAAGAAAAUUGCAAUAUUUCUCAAUAAUUUAAGAUAAAACAAAUGCGACUGAUACGGUACAGAAUACCACUCCCAGGUAGACAGAGUGCGAGUGAAUCUUACUUCACCUCGGUCUCCCCGUACUCUUGUAUUUCCUCCGAAGAGUCUGCCCUUCAAAGUGGUUGCACUAAAAGAGAAGAAACAGUGAACAUAUAAUCAUGAAGACGUUCGAGCGAGAAUAUCGCAGAAAGCGGUUCCUAUCUGUUCGUUCACGGAGUAGAAAUUUUGCAUCUGACAACUUCCGAAUUAUAAACUGUACCGGUUUUUUAAUAGUUCUACUUGUUAAGUAUCUCUACUAAUAAAAAUAUAUGCGUACAGUGAUCGACAAAAGCGCGUCCAUUCGAAUUUAAAAGAAAAAGCCAAAAAUCUACGGAAGUUGUUAAUAGCGAUUCUACAAUUGGAAUUUCUUGGCAUAUUUAGGUCAUGGAGCCUUAAAGUGCUAUUCGCAUAUAAUUACUGCUGUAUGAUAACGCAAUUAUUCGAAAUGCAUUCGAGGCAUUUCUAGAUAUGGAUGCGCACACGGUGCAAACUCUCUUUGAAUUGUACAUUUACUUAAAAGAACAAAAAGAAAUGUAUUUUUAUUUUUCGUUAA